ACUUCGUCAUCACUGUAUUACCUCUGCCUAGCAUAUGGCGACUUGGUCUCCCAAUCCACCAGAAGAUCGGUGUGAGUUUCAUUUUCGCCAUCGGGUGGUUCGUUUGUGCAGUAUCAGUCUUACGCCUGUACUCACUCAUCCGAUUCGCACACAACUUCACCGACGCAUCUUAUUACGGCUCCAUGACAGCCUGGUGGUCCUGUAUUGAAGUCAACACUGCAAUCAUCGCCGCAUGUAUGCCUCCGCUCCGUGCGCUCAUAGCCGAGCGAUUUCGCGACCUCCGAAAAUUAAGCUACAGAAGUAUGCGAUCGUUCCGACAAGGCAGUCAAACAACAGCCAACACUGAUCGCACGCGCGUUUAUCCCUUGUGCGAAAUACCAGAGGAGCUCGCGCUGACGCCACGCCAACUUGAAGCUGUGCUGCCGAGUCCGGAGCCAAGUGAGCCGUCGAUACAUGAGGAUGAGGAGGACAAGGAGGAGAAGAAGGUGGCGUGGAAUAGAACUCCCAAACUAUACUCACAGACCAAUGGGAGUCGUGGUAUACUAAAGUCGCCAGCGCCGAGCUUUCAUCCCAGGAGGACCGAUCCGGUGCAGCUGGCAAUUGAGAGACAGCAGGAGAGCCUUCGGAUGCAGUCCGGCUGGCUGGCUGAAACUUCUGAUGGUUGAAACGUGUGUAGACGAACCAUGACGCUGUCUCCGAAGACUCAAUCCGAGUUCCUCGAUAGGAUUUCGGUGCCGCUGAUCGUCGCUAUCGAACGUUCGCGCUUGUGCGUCACCCCCGGCGCUGGGCCUCAGCUGCUCUGGUAUAGAGAUGUGUGCUAGUCCCCGGGAAUACAGACGAACUUCAGGCUGUGUCUGAAUGACAUCAGAGGCAGCACAGGACUGAUAUACUGUAACUAUGUGUUUUUCACGAUUGCAUGAUAGGAACCAAGGGUAUUAUGUGACGUAUGACCGUCUCGUACUUAUGCAUCAUAAGCAUGCCCCUCA